AUGAUCAAGGACAACGUCGCAGACCGAGACUGCCUGGUACGUCUCUACCUGGGCCGUCGGAAGAUCCAACUCGAGGCUAGGAGAGGGCAAAAUUUCUUCUUUUUGCGGAACUAUCCAUUGCAUCUCAACCGGGCGGAAGAGCUUGGUCUGCAAACUGUGGACUAUGCCCGAGCCAUGGCAGAGUCACUUGCGGUGAUGCACUGGGUAGCGAGAACAAAUGCGAACGAUGUCAAAUUCGUUCUCGGAGGUCCUGGUACUCACAACACAGGAAUAGGAGAGUACACCAAUGAUUUCUUCGGCCGCCAGUGCCUAUGGGUCCUCGAUUUCGACUGUUGCAGACCCAUAACCAUGGACGACAUAGGCGUUGAGCACAGCAGACAUCCUGUCGAUGCGGAUUACCUCAAAUUGCCAGAAAAAUUCCUGCCGCGGGUAGAAGAUAUGCACGACGAAGCCGUACGGAAGAGAUCGACAGACCCAAAUCGCUGCAUGUCAAGUUAG